AUGAAGCCAGAAUGGUGGCCCGGAGAGGAGCAUGCGGCCUUCACUGAGUGGGCUUUCUCCAACGGCAUAGAAACCGACGCAGUGACUCCAGCCCGUCUCCAAGGCCGAGGACUAGGAAUGGUGGCCACCCGAAACAUCAAAAAAGGGGACGCGGUUCUGAGGGUCCCAACAAAGCUGAUGGUAACUGUGGAUGAUAUUCCUACCAGCUUUACCGAGAAGCUCCCAGAAGAUAUUGCCGUGCAAGCACUGCUUGCGGGGUACCUUACUCACGGCGAUCCCGAGCAGCUAAAGAGAUACGAUGCGUGGCGCAAAUCAUGGCCCAGUCGACAAGACUUCGAAGAUAGCAUGCCGAUCCUCUGGCCAACAGCACUAGGUGGACCGCAGUGGCCUAUGAGCAAAGAUACGCUCAACUCAGAUCAGCCGAGUCUUCUUCCUCCGUCUAUUUCAGGACUCUGGCCUAGUUUGAAGCCUGGCCCAAAGACAAGGAAGUAUACCAUGGAUUACCAGGAUAUCCUCGCCGAGCAAGCUCAGCGUCUACGCAAAGCAUGGACGGAUAUCACAUCUGCAUACCCAGAGACCAACUGGGAAGAUUUCUCCUACCACUGGCUAAUUGUUAAUACGCGGAGCUUCUACUGGGUUGGAGAGGGAAAGGAAACGCCCGAGGACCCUAAUGAUGCUAUGGGACUCGUCCCGUUCGCGGAUUACUUUAAUCAUGCGGAUGUUGCCAGAGAUGUCAAAUUCGACGAGCACGAAUAUGUGUUCCGCGCCACUAAGGAUUAUCAAGAAGGAGAAGAGGUCUUUAUGAACUAUGGCAGUCACCCAAAUGACACACUACUGGCUGAAUGUAGGAGCUGGAGCAUUGCUGACACUUGUGCUACGCUGAUUGAUCAUAGAUGGUUCACUAUUGACACCAACGCAAGUAAUUAUCAAGUCACUCCCCACGGACCCUGCUAUCGCACAGAGAUCGCUGCAUGCUUGAGUUAUAUGAAAGAGCAAGAUUGGCGGAACCAUGUUCUUGAAGGCCAGUCAGAAGGGUUGGAUGAAACUCGGUCUGAAGCUACCAUCAAAAGGUGGAUCUUGACAUACGCGGCACAGGCGGAAGCCGGGGUGUCUGCAAUCCAAAAGGCUAUUGAGGUCAACCCCACAGUGCAAGAACAUCGCCCAAAAGCAGAGCUUCUGUUGAAGCGAUGGAAGCAGAUCAAGGAUCUCUGCGAACAUGCGGCCGAAACUGUCUCAAUAUAG